AUGAGGCCUAAGAAACUACUGAAAGAUGAUGAUAUUGCACGAACCCUGGCUGCAAUGCAGUCAGAGUCAUCAGAAGAUGAUGAUGAGGACGAAGUACUCGGAUGUAGGGAUGAUCCAUAUCCAGACUUUGAUAUCAACAAGCCUUUAGAUAAAGUUGAAGAUUGUGCAGAUCGUUUUUCAUUGGAAGAGCUGAAGAGCGUUUUAGAAUCUAAUUCAACUAAGUAG